AAGCAUGGAUCCAGCAAUCAUCUGUAUUGUUGCAUUUUAAAUCACAGUACACAACAAUCUUUAGCAAAAAAAACAAAACUCCAGCCAUCAGAUAAACGUGGAGAAGUCCAAACCUUUUGGUAGAUUUUCACUUCUUUAUAACCGUAACUAAUACAUGUGAUGUCGAUUAAACUGGAAUACAUAUGAAUGAGAAACACAAGGAUUUUCUAAUGAAUUAUAGCAAGGUUUUUCAGGCAGAAUUACACUGAAACAUUUUCUUUUAUAAUAUAUCUUUUAUCUACUUGGGUCCAUCACUUUUAAGACAAUAGCUUUUUGUUUAAAUGUCUGUUUUUGUCUUUAGAAUGUGUUAGUGUGGCAUCAACAAAAAACAAUGUACGUUUUUAAUUUGAGAGGUAGAAAGACAAGAUCGUCUAUUUUGAAGAAGAGUCACCUCCUGGACUGAAACAAUUGACCCGAUUUUGUUUUGUUUGCGGGGAUGAAAUAUAAUUUAAUGACAACCAUUUUCCAUCGACUCUGUUGUUCUUUACUGCGGGUUUAAAAAGAAAAGUACUACAUCCCCAUUCCCUAUUUUACUGUGAUUACAUCCAGCACCGGCAAACGUGACAUAGUGAGACCUCCUCUCUUUCUUCUCAUCUCCGGUAAUACUUAGUGUGAAGGAUGACAGGGGAUGGAGAGCCAAGCUGCGGCACAAGAAAUACACAACAAAUAACGAGAAGACAGAGUGCAUGAGUGUCGGUGCAUGAGGCCUUCAGGUCCUGCUAGUAGAACCCAUGGAGCCAGACAUCAUCCCCUUGCACUCCGUCUCUCCCCCUCCACUGGAUGAUGACGGUGGCGGGGAGGCGGGAUCAGAAGAUGACGAGUUUGGGGACUUUGGGGGAUUCUCCGUCGGGGAGUCUACUAAUUCACUAUCCAGCUUCAGACAGCUUUCAUAUACCACCAUAAAGCCAGCCACUCAUCAAUCCACCUGUAGCUGUAAUCGCCCAGUUGAACAAUCCCAGCCCACUUCCACUGUGGACUUAGCGUCUGAUAGGGGCCAGAUGUACGUGGAAGGGCAGGAUUGUAAUGCUGAAUCAUCUGUGCACCUCACAAAUGGGUUCUCUGAACGGAACCACAGCUCUCAGAUCCCCAUAGCUUCUGCUGUUGGUGCAUGCUCUCCUAAGGAAGAAACAGGGUUUGCUGAUUUUACUUUGUUUACGGAGCAGGCUGCACAUCCCUGGUGCUGUGGCUUCUCUCCUAUGGACAGCAAAGAGCAAUGGGAUGCCAGAGGAGGAGUAGGAAAAAAAUAUACCAACAGCUCGGGGGAACACAGGAAUGAUUCAGGACAGGAUGAUGUGAUGGACUCUGAGCCCGGGUCUUCUUGUGCAUGUAACACAAAGCAGGAAAAUGUGUGCACUAAGGUCAAGCACUGUGAGAAAAGAGAUGCAGUGACAUCUCAGGACCACGAUCAGCCUCAGGAAGCUGCAGACACUUUGGACUUCCAAUCUGAAGAGCCUAUUUCUAGGAAGGAGUGUGGGGACAGUCAGAGGGAAAGGGGGAACAGUUUAAAUCCAUUACAAACCACAGAGGUGCAGGAGGAGGGAGAGUCAGAUGGAGAAGGUCGGGGAAACAGCAUUUCUACUGUCCCCCAAACAUUCAGUGUGCAUGAGUCCGCCUCAGAGGAUCUCACGUCCUUCUGUGAUGAUCUGUCAAUCGAGGGUCCUUCUUUGGACUUAGAGCCAAAUGUUUCAUCUCUUGUUUCUCAAGAUGAUCAGACUGACUGGGACCAGACUGAUGAUGAUGAGGAAGAAGAUGCACUGGGAAAUGACAGACAGUCGGAGGAAGAGAAGGGUUUUCACUUUUGCGACCAAUCUGCGACUCAGGAAACCUCCGCUACCUCCGAACACUCACAAAGUGAAACACACGCAGGAGACAGUUUUGCAGACUUUAAAGAGUACACUGUAGAGCAAGGACACAUCCAAACUGAUGAAGGUGCAGAGGUGCUGAGUCUAGGAAACCUCCCACCCAGUGACAGCUUUGCUGAUUUCUGCUCAGCGCCCACGCAGGAGGAUGGAGAGGACUCGUGGGCAGAGUUCAAGGAACAGAGGGUGCAGGAGGACGGAAAAACCUGGACCCAGUUCAAAGAGCCAGUCAGCAGCCUGCAGGCGGAUGGGGACACGGAGGAGGAGCCGGACAGGGCGGGGCGGUGUGGGGUUUCCAGGAGGAACAGCUGUCAGGCGUCACUGACCUGCCGUGUCCAGCAGCUCCUCGUGACCAACUUUCCAGAGGUGGAGGUCCCAGCUGUGGAAAGUGAGGAGGAGGUGCUCAGUCUCGAUGCUCUGCUUCAUGCCCAAUACCUCCCUGAGAGUGAGGAGGAGGAGGAGAAAGAGGAGGAAGAACCUGCAAUCCGUCCCAAAUCUCAGUGGAUUCACCAGGACCUCCAUGAUGCAGUUGGCCUCAAGUUUCAGUGGGGGGGCUCCUACACUAACAGGACUCUACUCAGGUGCCUUGGUGUGGAGACAAGGAACAUUGUGUUCAUUGGCAUGAAGAAGCAGCCAGUGGCUGUGCCAGCUUUUGCAUCCGGCCUGGGAAUGCUGGAGCCCACCAAAGACUCUGUACCAGUUGUCUGUUCUCCACGACACACAGUGGUCAGCACCACAAAAACAACAGCUCCAAAACCCCCGGCCUCACCGGACCACUCAACGUAUUCAACGCAGGAGGCGCUCCCCUCCCGGCAGCUGGACUGGAGCAGCCGUGGCCUUAGCAGCUCGCAGGACGAAUGCUCUGCUCUCAACCUGGAUUAUUUUGGUCAUGAGGAGGAGAGCAGAUCUUGCAGCAGCAGCAGCAACAGUCCUCCUCCAGGAGUCGACCCUGAGCUGUAUGAGUUGACCAUCAGCAAACUGGAAACGGGUGUUAGCAGUAUCCACAUGGAGGACACGUUGAAUCGCCUUAUGUCAGCUGCAGAGACAACCAGCACUUCAGUCAGGAAACCUCAGCAGGACGAGGAGCUGAGUGCAGAGGCCUGCAGGCUGAUCUCUGGUCUGCCUAACCUUUCUUUCAUGCAGGCCAAAGUCCUCAUGUUCCCAAGCACCCUCCUGCAACAAUGCUGUUCCCCAAAACUACAAUGAAGUGUGAUCUCCACAAACAUUUAUACCCAAUUCUUAAUAAGCAUAUUGCAAUAUACGCAGGAUUCAAGUACUGCAAAACAAGAGGCAUUGUGGACCCUAAAACAGUGAGCUGCUCUUUCUGCUUUGGUCAAAAUACCCCCCCUGCUGGCUAUUUUCAUUCUUUAAAGCCUCAAAUGUUAUCUCUGUGAGGCAAAUAACUCCAACAUGAAUCAGCACAUGCAUUAAUUUCAUUGUACAAAAUCUGCAGAGUGCAAAAAAGCAGUGUUUCUGUUUAAACCUGGUUGGUUUGAGUCUUCUUAAAGUUGAGUGCUGUGAUUUAUCAUGGUGAACAACUCACCCAAACACAUAUUUCUAUCCUCUACAGACUGCACACUCACCAUUAUUGUUGAUAGUAUAUUUAUUAUUGUAAAACAUGUCACUGUUUUGUAUGUAAAAUUAUCAUCAACAAAUGUAUAAAUAUACUAAAAUA